CGACCGGCCUGGCACCUGCCCAGAGUCAGGACGCACCAAGCUGCCGGGCUGUCUACAGUUGAUGCGCCGUCUCCGUUUGUAGGAAUCUGUAACCGGCCCACUGAUGUUGCGCUCUCUGUGCUCCCUGCUGCGGACCGGCGACCGGCGGCCAUUUUGCCGGGCGGCUCAGCUCACGAAGUCGGCGCGCUGCUUCGGCGGUCUGGGAGGUGCGAGACCGAUACCCGUCAAUGACAUCAGCACCGGCUCCAAGUACUCGGCGGAAGAGGCGGCCACGCGCUGCAAGCUGGCUGCCCUCUACCGGCUGGUGGACGCCCGAGGCUGGAGCAUGGGCAUCUACAAUCACAUCACGGCACGCAUCAGCGCGACCGACGAGGAGUUCCUGGUGAACCCGUUCGGCCUGCUGUAUGACGAGGUGACGGCCUCCAACCUGGUGAAGGUCGACUUGGCGGGCACGGUGCUGGACCAGGGCUCAAGCCCGGCCGGCAUCAACCUGGCCGGCUACGUGCUGCACUCGGCCAUCCACGAGACGCGACCCGACCUGCUCUGCGCGCUGCACGUCCACCUGCCUGAGGCCGUGGCGGUGGCCACGAUGGAGUGCGGCCUCAUGCCGGUCACACAAGAGGCGCUGGUGAUCCACGGCUUCGCUGGCGUCAGCUACCACGACUACCAGGGGAUCCUCAUCCACGAGUCUGAAAAGAAGGAUAUCCAGCAGAACCUGGGCGAAAAGAACAAGGUGCUCAUUCUGCGCAACCACGGCGUGGUGGUGUGCGGCAGCACGGUGGAGGAGGCGUACCUGCUGUUGGACUUCUUCAUGCUGGCCUGCCAGUCGCAGGUGGCCAUGAUGUCCGCCGGCGAGGACGGGCUUGUUCAAGUGCCCAGCAUCGCCUUCGAGAACAUGCUCAAGAUGAAAGAGGAGAACAAGGGCGUGGACACGAGCCGCAUCCGCGAGGGCAAGCCGACCCAGUUCGGCCAGCAGGACUUCGAGGCGUGCAUGCGCAAGCUGGACCGCGCCGGCUACAACACCGGCUACCCGUACCAGUGCCCGGAGCUGCUCACCACCGGACAGUGACGUGACGGUUCCGUCACGCCCCGCAUCUGACGGGGGGGGGGGGGUCGCCGGCGCCGCUGAGGUCACCUGCUGAGGUCACCGCCUCACAGCGCCGGCUCCCGAGCGGCCGCGCCAGCGCCGCUGGCCGAAACCGAUGCGCGCAGCUCUGCGAGCACCCCCUCCUUAUCCUUGACGGUCACAGAAGGAAGCGGUAUGUUGUGAGCAAGGACGAAGAAGACGUCAUUUUGGGGCGUUGGCAGGGGAGGCCAGCCACUAGUGUAUGUGCAGCGUUUUGAUUAACCAAUGGCGGCGAUACGGGCUGUGAAUGAAGACCGUUGGACUAAAUGUGAAAUGUUCUCUGAUAACCUGUCCAGGAUAAGCAACGUCUAUGCCUGUCGCUCAUCGAGCAGGUGAAGUCAAACUAUUCAGUACUCGUUUGUGGCCCAGUUAUUCGUGUGGGCUGCAUAUCGUCAAUAGUUAUCCCCAUGCUUACGCGUGCUGCGACUUCGUGACGCAUUCAGGCUGGUCUGAGUUUUGAGACGUUGGCGACUUUAACCAGGGUAUGUUGAGAAUGUGCCAUGCACUGUAAGAAAUAGCUCAUCCGUUGUAGUUUGUAGCCCUUGGGAAGGUAAAUGAUGCAGUUACGUCGGCGAUGGCGAGUCUGUUGUAAAGGCUUUGGAUGGUGUUCAGGGUGUGUUUUCUUAUAUAUGCAUUUCAUUGUAUCAGGGGUCUGGUCUUGUGUGACAAUAUUUCGCCAUAUAAUCCACGCAAUUCGCUGAUCAUAACUCACGUUUGUGUCAUAAUUUGGUUUUCAUGACCUAACGCUCCACCACGUAGCUUGGCUGAUCGUUUUAAGGCACGCAAAGUAUGUAGGUUUGAUUGAUAGAAUAUAUUGGGCUGUGGAAAUUA